CAAAAGCUCUGAAUUAUUAAUGGUUAUUAUAUCAAACAACAAAAACAUGAAUAUUUAUCUUAAAUUGGCUUUUACUUCUUCUUUUUUUUGCAUAUUUUCAACUAUUGUAUAUAUUAUUUUUCUGCCAUUUUCUGCAAAAAGCUUAAAUCCUAUGUUAAAAUCAUUCUCUAAUGUUCCAUUAUCACUUCUAUUGGCAGUUAAAUUUAUUGAAUUUAUUCUUUAUUUUAUGAUUAAUUAUGUAUAUGAUAUUUUUUUACUUAUUUUUAUAUCUAGAGUUCCAUGGUUAUAUAUAUCUUUUUUGUUAUUUCCUUUUCCUCUAUGGAUAAUAUUGAUUCUUCUUUUUUUUGAUAUAUAUUCUUUGUUUGGUCCUUUUUAUCUUAUAUCUAAUGAACGGUAUGCAUUAUUUAGGGAUAAAGGACCUUUUAAAUGUCCAAUGCGGUCUAAACAGGAUGGAGUUCUUGGUAUUCUUUUAUCUGCAUUAAUUUCUUCAAUUUGUAGUAUUAUUGUUUAUGUGGUUUCAAAAUUAUCUUUGAUACCUUUAUCUUCAGCUUAUUUUGAAACGAAACAUUUCAUUGCACCUAUUCCAUUACCAAUAUUAAUGGUUGCUUUUUUUCCUUUGGGUUUUUGUAUUCAAAAAAUCAUUUUAUCUUUAGGUCCAUUCAAAAGUUAUCUUUAUAUGAUACUUUCAAUGGCAUGGGUAACAUCUUCAUAUCUUUAUUUAUUCAUUCAGAAUAUUACAUUUCAUGCUAUUUGGGUUUCUAUUCUUACUUUUUGGUUUUCUAUCACUAUUUCUUUUCUUCUUAUGAUUUUAUGUACUAAAUCAUAAUCUACUACUUUUAUUUGGUUCUUUUUCUCUUCAUAACAAAUACAG